AUGGAGGUUACUCAACAAGAAUCGAUGCCUCUGCACCAGAGCGAGAGCCAGCCGGACGUCGUGGGGACUGCCUCUGUGGACACCAAGGGACAGUUUAUAGCAGAGGAGCCGGAGGACCAGCGCAACGGGGCUCUGGGUUCCGUCCUGGAUCGAAUCGAGCAGCUGCAAAAACAACUAUCGCUCUUGCAAAACGAGGUCGGGCAACUAAGACCGGCACCGUCCUCGUCGACGAAUCCUAACGCCAGCCAGUUCUUUAACUCAAUCUGGCUUCUGCUGCAUGACACCAACGAAGAAACGCACGCAGGAAGCUCGGCAAUCAUCACAAAGGUGAACACCAUCAAGAACUCGAUUGUAUCCAAGAUCUACAAAGAGGUCCAGGGAAUGAACACCAUGAACAGACCUCCUUUGAUCCACGAUGAGCUCAUGAAAAGACUGGAUGAUCGCACAGGGACAGCUAUUCCCGUGGUUCCUGACGUGGAGCUCGAGCGCAUGUUUCUACGCUACUAUCACAAACUAAUGAGCCAGAGAUACUUCUUCUACGAGCCCGAGGAUCUCGAACGUUUGGCAGACAUCUACUUCAGUAAGUCAGACAGGGAGUGUCCGAAGUUCAUUGACAAGCUCCACCGUGACACUAUUCUUAACCUCAUUCUUGCAACUGGAUGUCGCCUGGUGAUGAUGUCUACUCAGAUGACUUAUCUGAAUCCAGGCCUCUAUUUCGAUAAAGCAAUGGAUUGCUUAUCCAAAAUCACCUACUGUCUCAAGACUCUGGACCAAAUUCGAGUGAUAAUGUACAUUGCGCUGUAUUUAUUGGUUUCCUAUGACCACAACAUCAAGUUCACUAUGAAUAUCUGGGAGCUUUCCGGAUUGGCAAUCAGAAAAAUGACCCAGAUGGGUCUCCAGCGAUUCAUCAUUCCGAGUGUCAAGACCGCAAAGGACUACGAAACAAAAAAACGAAUUUUCUGGUCUGUUUACAGCUUUGAGAAGGUGAUCUGUGUCACUCUUGGUCGACCAGCAUCAAUUCCAGAUGAUGAGAUUGAUGUCCCCUAUUCGUUGAAUAUUGACUCCAUGGAUACAAUCAGUGACGAAGACUUAUACAAGCUCCAAAUUGAACAACAACGGUUGCAGUACGAGAAACACGAUCACCGGAUCAUCUAUCCUGCCAAGAUCUCGUUUUCGUACUACCUCACUCAGAUGUGUCGGAUCCGCGAGAUCGAGUCGCAUAUUGGUCGUCUGGAACAAAUAAUCUCCAUUCCUAUUGCCCCAGCCAUGCUCACCAGGGCCGUAGAGAUUGAUCCUAAAUACAACGAGGAGUAUUCCAAGAUUAUGGCGGAGCUUGAGAAAUGGAAGCGGGAGCUCCCCCCUGAACACGAGUUUAUUGAGGGACUGCAUAAUCAAAUACCGUUUGAGUAUCUGACUCUUUGCUACCACCGUGCCAAGCUCUUUUUGUGUCUGACCCGGCUAAUGAAGAAAGGAGAUCAAAGCGUUAAACAAUUCCAUAGCUUGCUGAUAGAGAUAUCAGAAGCUGCCGGAGGUGUCUGCCGAGCAUACAUCGUGCUGGCAAAAGACCCAGCCUUUGGAUACGGAAUGUUUAGUCUUCACUCGAUUUUCCUUGCUGGAAUCCUUCUCGCCUACUCCAUAGUGCAUCUCGAUAGCGAUGGUACUGCCCAUUCCGACAAGACUCGCACGUUCCACAAUUACCUGCGACACUGUUCCGUGCUGCUAUCUCUGUUUGCAGAGCGAACCAAGAAAGCGGCCAGUUUCCGUAUCUUAUUUGACCGGUUACUGGAAGAUGGCGUGUUUUCGAAGAGAUUGACUCUUGAUUCCGACGCUCCUUCAACACCGGCCAGCUUCUACUCACAGAGCUUGGAGCCAGACAUGUUGGGACUACACAACCUGAUGGAAAUCUUUAAUUCCAACAGAGACAUGUACACCUUCGAGGAGAAGAGCGUGAUUGACGACGACGAUGAUUUUUGGGAGAAAUUGGACGCUAUCCAACGUGUAUAA